AUGUACCGAUUGUUAAAAAUACCCCAAGUUCAUUUGAUGUGUGUGAGCAAUUCAUCUCAAGUUUAUUACAAUUCAGCUAUUAAAUUGUGUUCUUACUGCAGGCUAGAACAUUCUAUUCACUCAACAAAAAAAGGAAUUUUACAAAUACGACUUCAGUCGACGAUAAAUACUGUAUUAGUACCAUCAAUACCAGCCAAAGUUAAACGUAAGCCGAAAAAAUAUACAGAAUUAUUAGAAGUUACAGACAGCAAUGUAAAUAAUCGAAAAGCGGCAAUUCGUAAAAUGAAUGCAUCACAUUUAUCAUUAUUAGUUGAUAAGAAUGGAAACAAACAAUCAAAGCGAUAUGAUAAAAAUCCAAGUGAAAAAAAUCCAAUUUUACUCUCGACUACAUCUCCGAUAGAUAUAAAUCAUGAUCAUCGAAUUCAACUUAACGAUGUAGAUAAUCCCCACGAAGAAUUAGGAAUAAUGGAAGAUUUACAAUCAUCUGGAAUUUCAGACUCGGCUUCGUUAAUUAAAAAUAUUUCUACUUUAGACGCAAUACCGGAAGAGCACCUGAAAAAUGAAUUUGAAGAUGAAGAACAUGAAGAAGGGAUACUUCAAAAUUCCAAAACUAACAAACGUAAGUCGACUAAAGCUCUUCAAAAAGAAUUAAAAUUGAAGAAAGAGUUGGGCAAGUGGCAAGUCGCUAAGCAUCAAAAUGAGCUGGAAAGUACAGUAAGGGCAUUGAAGGCAUACUUGAAUGUUUGUCUCAACUGUAAUAUGAUGGGUCGUGCAUAUCAUACUGUAAUGCACUAUAGAAAUAGAUCGCCUCAGAAUCACAAAAAAGUCCGCGAAAUUUUAAUUUAUAAUAUUUUGCUGCAAGCCUAUGCGUCGAGAGGUCAGUAUUCGAAAGUUCAUGACUUGAUGGAAGUUAUAAGAAAAGACCAAUUGGUACCUAAUGCACAAACCUAUGCUGCAGUCUAUGAGUGCUUUGGAAAUAUUAAUGUUAAUCUUAAUAAAAUGCAAUUUUUAAAUAAAAUGUAUGAAAAAAUGAAGAAGAGUAAUAUAACAUUUGACCAAGUAUUAAAAGAAUCAAGAACGAAAGUUAAUCAAUAUAAGAAUGUGCUCAGAGGAAUUUCAUUAAUAGAUCCAAAUUUUGUACCAAAAAUAGAAACUGAAAAUGAAUCUUAUAGUUGUCAAUUAGUGAAAAAAAUUACACCAGAAACUGCAACUCAUAAUAGUCCUGCGGGAGGUUUGAUGGAAUUACCUGACUUGAUGGACAGAUUUGCCAGUCAAAUCAAGUCUGAAAUGGAUGGUCAUGUUAUAAUUGAAAGUAUUGCAAAGAUUGACACCUCUCAUUCAACGGUAUCAUCUUAUAGAAAAGAAAUCGAAAAGCUUGAAGAAAAUUGGAGAAACGACAUAUCUUUGGCCUUUGAUCGUGAUUUAAAGGCUUUAAAAAAAAAAGAAUACCACCCGAUUCCAAGUGAAAUGGUUCUGUACCCAUAUUUAUGUGUACUGAACAAGGAAGAAUAUGUAAAUGCGGUCAUGCACGAGAUUCGUAAGCUAGCAAAUGGAUCAGAAUCUUUUAGCCCGUCUUUUAAUUUACUCCGUAAGCGACUAGGCAAAUUCAUCAACGACAAAUAUGACAUUUUAAUAAAAAAACAAUCUAAAUAUCCCGAAAUAUUGGGCAAUGUUUAUUCAAAGUACGGUCAAUGGUACUUGAGCUGUACAAAUGGACAAAACAGUCGUGAGAAUUGGCACAAAAUAUCUCAAGAAGUAUCCCCGAAUUUCAGUCUAGAAUUGGAAUUAUCUCAAUGGCCGACAAAUUUAAGCCGUCAGAUUGGAAAAUUUCUGUACAAAAUAAUUCUUAACGACGUUAAAAUAGACACCAACAGUACAAGAUUAGACCGCGACUCCCAAGAUUUACGUCCUGCAUUUUACAUAGUAUGGCGACACAACAACCGCAAGCACCUAGUAAAGGAAGUAAAACCUCACCCUACAUUAGCUAAAAUUUAUCGAGGGUCAAAUCCUGAAACUCUGAGUUUCGAGACAAAUUUAUUGCCAUCAGAAUGUCCUCCUCGUCCGUGGUCAUCAAUCCACAGUGGUGGAUACCAGCUGCUCAAGUCGGACGUGAUUAGAGUUCCUCUGUUCGCUAUUGAGCAGAUAAAGCGCCUGGAAGUAACACCACCGAGACAGCUGUGGCCUGCUCUGGACUGUUUGAACCAGCUGGGGUCAGUUCCUUGGAACAUCAACAAGCCGGUGCUCGACCUGGCGAUUAAAAUCUUCCGGGAGGGAGGUUCUGUUAAAUUAAACGUGCCUCAACCUCCAUCAGUCCUAGGUUCAGGGCCGCUGUUGAGCCAAGACUCGACUCCGAAUGAGAGAAUCAACUCCAGGAGAGCUCAGAUGGAACUCAAUCGUAAAAAAAGCGAGAUGUACUCUUUGUGGUGCGACGCGCACUAUCGUUUGUCUUUAGCUAAUCAUUUUAGAGAUAAAAUAUUCUGGCUGCCUCAUAAUAUGGACUUCCGAGGCCGUGUCUAUCCAGUACCGCCACAUCUAAGUCACCUGGGCUCUGAUUUAGCUCGCUCGAUCAUGAUCUUCGCGCUAGGAAAGCCCCUGGGUCCGCGAGGCCUAGAUUGGCUGAAGAUUCACACCAUUAAUUUAACUGGAUUUAAAAAAAGAGAAUCUAUUGCGGAGAGGCUGAGAUACGCUAAUGAAAUUUUGGACAAAAUAAUUGACAGCGCUGAAAAGCCACUUGAUGGAGAAAUGUGGUGGGCGACCAGUGAUGAGCCCUGGCAAACUCUGGCUUCUUGUAUGGAAAUUGCUGCUGCUUUGAAGACGCCUAAUCCUGAAGAGUAUGUUUGUAGAUUUCCUAUUCAUCAGGAUGGAAGCUGUAAUGGGCUUCAGCAUUAUGCAGCACUGGGGAGAGAUCAAAUUGGAGCUGAAAGUGUCAACUUGUUCCCCAGAGAUAAACCUCAAGAUGUUUAUAGUAAUGUUGCGGCUAUGGUUGAUAAACUUAGGGCUGUCGAUGCGGAGAAUGGGUUGGAGAUAGCAAAGAUUUUGGAGGGGUUUGUUAAGAGGAAAAUUAUUAAGCAAACUGUUAUGACCACGGUAUAUGGGGUUACUAAAUUUGGCGCUCGGCUGCAGAUUGCUCGCCAGUUAAAAGACCUCGAUGAUUAUCCACAAGAUAAAGUUUGGCCAGGUAGUUUGUAUCUGGCACAAAAAACCUUUGAAAGUUUAAGAACAAUGUUCGAAAGUGCAAGACAAAUUCAAGAUUGGUUCACUGAUUGUGCUCAAGUAAUAACGACAAUUAAUGGAAAGAACAUGGAAUGGGUUACUCCUUUAGGUUUGCCUGUGAUUCAACCCUACAGCAAAGUGCUUCCUUCCAGAAAUAAAUUCACGGAUAUUGCGACUGAUUUACUUCUGAAACCUAAUACGUCAAAACAAAAAAACGCAUUCGCUCCAAAUUUUAUCCAUUCAUUGGAUUCAUGUCAUAUGAUGUUAACGAGUUUAAAUUGCGAACACACUGGAAUAUCUUUUGUAUCAGUACAUGAUUGCUAUUGGACUCAUCCCUGCAGCGUCGAAAUCAUGAAUAGGAUUUGUCGCGAACAAUUUGUAGCUCUUCAUUCAGAACCAAUUCUUCAGGACUUGUCAAAAUAUUUCAUUGAUAAAUUUACUUGUGAUGAAAAGAAAAUAGACGCGGAUAAUCUUGAAGAAAUUUUAUCGAAAGAAAAAUUACAUCGUACAUUAUCCAAUGUUCCGAAAAGAGGAACAUUUGACCUUAAAAAAGUUUUAGAUUCAACUUAUUUCUUCUGCUGA